AUGAAGUGUUGCUGCUGUGUAACUUUCAAAUCAUUCCAGAAAAUAGGUGUAAACUUCACUAUAAGUAACAAGGAAACAGUUAAAAACAGCGACGUUCUGUUCCUGGCUGUGAAACCUCCCAUCAUCCCCUUCAUUCUGGACGAAAUUGGCUCAGACAUAGAGAAUCGCCAUAUCGUGGUCUCAUGUGCUGCUGGUGUCACUAUCAGCUCCAUUGAGAAGAAACUCUCUGCCUUCUGCCCCACCCCAAAAGUGAUCAGGUGCAUGACUAACACACCUGUGAUCGUGCGAGAAGGUGCCACCGUCUAUGCCACAGGGACUCAUGCAGAUGUGGAAGAUGGGAAGCUUCUGGAACAGCUGAUGGCCAGCGUGGGCUUCUGCACUGAGGUGGAAGAGGACCUAAUCGAUGCUGUGACAGGACUCAGUGGCAGUGGCCCUGCUUAUGCAUUCACGGCCCUGGAUGCUCUGGCAGAUGGUGGGGUGAAGAUGGGGCUUCCCCGCAGGCUGGCUGUCCGACUUGGAGCCCAGGCCUUACUGGUCAGUAUCUUCUCUUCCAGACUUCGUUCAGUUCUCGUCUGGCCCAGCCAGGAAGCGCCGAGCUCAGAUCAGACCCAUGCGGGCAGCGGAUUCACGGAGCUGCAGCACCUGGCGGACCAGGAGAAGGUCUCCCCGGCAGCCAUCAAGAAGACCCUUCUGGAUAAGGUGAAACUGGAGUCUCCCUCCGUUUCCAUGACCUCUGCCAACAAAGUCAGUCUGUUCAGCAGCAGCCGGGCGCCCAGCAGCAAGAAGAACUGA